AUGCAAAGUGGUGGUGGUGGUGGAAGCAAAAAGGGCUUUAGUGUCUGUUCACUUGGUGGAGGAAGAUCAGGCGGCUAUCAUUCUGCAGGUGUAUCAUCACAAAGUGUCCAAAGCCUUGGUGGAAGAAAGAGAAGAGGAUAUGGCGGUGGUGCAGGAGGAUUUGGCGGUGGUGCAGGAGGAUAUGGCGGUGGUGCAGGAGGAUAUGGCGGUGGUGCAGGAGGAUAUGGUGGUGGUGCAGGAGGGUUUGGUGGUGGUGCAGGAGGGUUUGGUGGAGGUGCAGGAGGACAUGGAGGAGAUCAUGGCUACCCUAUGUGUCCUCCUGGUGGCAUCCAGGAAGUGAGCAUAAAUCAAAGCCUUCUGAAACCACUACAAGUGGAAAUAGAUCCAAACAUUCAAAAAGUAAAAACUGAGGAAAGGGAACAGAUCAAAACGUUGAACAACAAAUUUGCAGGUUUCAUUGAUAAGGUUAGGUUCUUGGAACAGCAAAACAAAGUACUAGAGACAAAAUGGGAACUUUUACAAGAACAAGGGCACAAAGGUGGCACAAAAAAGCCUAGCUUAGAACCAAUUUUUGAGGCUUUCAUAAGCCUUCUUUCUAGGCAGCUUGAAAGUCUAUUGAGCGAUAAAAGCCGUCUGGACAAUGAACUAAAGAAUAUGCAAGAAUUGGUAGAAGACUACAAGAAAAAAUAUGAAGAUGAAAUUAAUAAGCGUACAGCAGCAGAAAAUGAAUUUGUGGUGCUUAAAAAGGAUGUGGAUGCUGCAUUCAUGCUCAGAGUAGAGUUGGAAAUUAAAGUGGAUUUAUGCACAGAGGAGCUGAACUUCUUGAGGAUGCUAUAUGAUGCUGAGCUUCAAGGUGCACAAGGAGGAACAAGUGACACCUCUGUCAUUCUAUCUAUGGACAAUAACCGGGACUUAGCCCUUGAGGGUUUACUGAAAGAUGCAAAGAAACAAUAUGAAGCUGUUGCAGAGAGGAGCAAAGCUGAAACACAAGGCUUACUUGCCCAUAAAUAUCAGCAACUACAGGCUACAGCUGGAAAACAAGGAGACAGCUUGAAGAACACCAAGAGUGAGAUGGCAGAAAUAAACCGUAUGAUCCAGAGGCUGAGAUCUGAGAUUGAGAAUAUCAAAAAACAGAUUGCAGCACUUCAGACCUCAAUUUCAGAGGCCGAGGGACGUGGAGAACUUGCAAUAAAGGAUGCCCAGAAGAAGUUGGCUGACCUUGAGGCUGCAUUGCAGAAGGCCAAGGAAGACCUGGCCCGUCAAGUACGUGACUGCCAAGAGCUAAUGAGCACCAAGCUUUCCCUUGAUGUGGAAAUUGGCACAUACAGACUCCUGCUGGAAGGAGAAGAGGACAGUCUAAAUAAAGAGAAAAUAAAACACUCUUUAUUUUUUAUUCCAGCUGUGGUUGGUGGAGGCUCCUCAAAUAUGUCUGGUGGAGGAGCUGGAUUUGGUGCUGGCGGAGGAGCUGGAUUUGGCGGAGGAAGUGGAUAUGGUCACGGAGGAGGGUACAGCAGUGGUGGUGCCCAAGCAAGCAGUGGUUACAACCAAUCAUCUACCACAAGAUCCUCAGUGGCUGUCUCAAAAACAACAUCAUCCUCAGUCAAGAAAUCUUAUUAA